AUGCAUCUUAUUCAACUUCUUGCCGCCAGCUUGGCUGUUUCAGUUUCAUACGCCCUCCCUGUUCAGGAGGGCGCAAAAAAAACAUUUGUAGUUUCUCGAAAACCUGCCGUUCAGUACCGACCUCAAGCCAAGAGCGCAACUCUUGUGGCCAAUGUCACGGACCCCAGUGUCAGCCGCGACUCAUGCGGCUCAGUGAACAUGGGCGGCCGCACGUUUUGGACUUGCAGAGACACGGCCGUCCGCCUCCCUGGCACUGAUCAGUUCGGAUGGGUGUUUACCAACACCGUCGGCUGGACUGACCAUCACCCUGAUGGAUCUCCAGCCAUCCAGACCGGAGGACCUGUCGGGGCUGGAUCUAACGGCACCAAUAACAUUCUGCUGAUGAAGGGCCCGCAGCCGUCUCUUCCUACCUUUUAUGCUUUGGGCUCCAACCAGUGCCCGAGCUCUGGAGUCUGCGCCGAUGGCACAUCGAGAUGGACAAGCUGGCCGGACUCACCACCAAUGGUCUCGAAUACGGCCCAAGAUGGGACUGUCACGGCAUAUACCUGGAUAUCCAACAACCACAUAACUGGCAGUUCAUUCCAGGUUUUGACAACUCAGCCCUCAGUCACCCUCCACAAAAUGACUUAUAAGCCCAACACCAAUGUCAACGUUGUCCCGACUGUGAAGCCUGUGGACACCAGCUUCUGGAAAGCGGGUGAGAUUGCUUAUGGAACCUAUGGCAACGUUGUCAACGGUGGAUAUGCCUACCUCUAUGGCCUGCUGUAUCCGAGCGGAGUUGCUCUGGCUCGUGUUCCGGUCAACAGCAUUGAAGACAAGACGAAAUACCAAUACUUUGUGAGCGGCAAGUGGACCAGCACCAAGCCUGCCAUCAUCAACCCGGCUGCCGCAGUCCCCAAUGCCGGGACGACAGGCCAGGGAACCUUUUACUACUGCAACAAGGCCCAGUCGUAUAUCUGGAUCGGCCAGAACAGCCCAAGCGUUUGGGCAGACUUUUAUAUCUCGACGGCCCCGAGCCCAGAGGGCCCCUGGAUCACGCCCUACCUCCUCUAUUCCGGACCCAAUGGCGACGCAGAGCUGCCGUCGUACAGCCUGCAGGCGCAUCACCACCUGCUGCGCAAGACUGACGACGGCAUCUAUCUGACGUGGACGCAGUACUUCAAACCCAGCACGUAUAACGCAUAUGUCACCCCGCUUGUAUACGUUUCGUUUGUCUAG